AAAGUUUUUCGCCCGUGGAAUUCUGGGAGAGUAAUGGCGGCACGCAUUUCGUUCUGUCUCAGUCAGUGUCUGUCCUGUAGGGAUACUUAACAUUUUGUGUCGUAAAUAAACUGAACUGUGCGGAGGACACCGGAUUAAGAACCGCUGAUCUGAGUCUGCUCCCAUUAAGGAGAUGGAAGAUGAAGCCUCACUGCACCGGCUGGAAGGCAGCAAUCCCUGUACUCAGGUCGGGGGGCUAAUUGUGAAUAAGAAGAGCGCGGCAGCAGAGCAGCACAUCUUCCGGGCUCCCACUCCUCGCACGUCCCUGCUGGGUCUGGAUCUCCUGGCAGCACAGAAGCGCAAGCAGCGUGAGGAGAACAACCGAAAGGAUGAAGCUGAUGAUGAUGAUGAUGAUGAUGAUGAUGAAAAGAAGACAAAGAAGUCUAAGGUGUCAUCAUAUAAGGACUGGGAGGAUGGUAGAGGUGACUCAGGAUCUGAUGAGGAAGAAAAUAAAGAAGAAAGCAAGGCUGACAGGAAGGAGAGGAAAUAUCGUGUGACUGGCUCUGAAACACCGUCAAACCCUGGAGGGGUUAGCGAAGAGUUCCGGCAGAAACACCAGCAGCGGGAGAAAGAAUGGCGUGAACACGGAGUUUACGCCUCCUCAAAAGAGGAGAAGAAACGGGAUAAGGAGAGAGAUCGCGACAGGGAGCGAAGAGACGAGCGGGAUCGCAGCCAGCAAAGUAGCAGGGCUGGCUCCGAGAGGGGUGAGCGCAGUGAGCGGGGGGAACGUUCACAGAGGGAGGGUUGGUCUGAACGCCUCAGCCGGGGCAGCAGGAGAGAGGAGCCUGAGACACCCAGACACCGGCCCAGAGAUGCUCCGACUCCCUCCCGAUCCAGCUGGGAUGAGGAUGAUAGUGGCUACGCCAGCUCUCGACGCUCCCACUGGGAGUCCCCCUCCCCAGCUCCCUCAUACCGGGAGUCCGACAGGUCUGAGCGCAGCCAUCGCUCAGGUCGGGACAGUGAAAGGAGGGACCGAGAUAGGUCUGUUAGGAACCGGUACCCUGAAGACACCCCUCUGCCAACUCCCUCCUACAAGUACAACGAGUGGGCCAAUGACAGGAAGCAUUUGGGCUCCACCCCCCGUCUGUCCCGUGGAAAAGGGAGCAAGAGGGAUGGGGAAGAAGACGGAAUCACUUUUGACAAUGAGGAAGAGAGGCAGCAGUGGGAGGAGGACCAGCGGCAAGCCGACCGGGACUGGUACAUGAUGGACGAGGGCUACGACGAAUUCCACAACCCACUGACCUCCAGUUCAGAGGAGUACGUGAAGAAGAGAGAGCAGAUGCUGCAGAAGCAGACCCAGAAGCGCAUCUCGGCCCAGAAGAGGCAGAUCAACGAGGACAAUGAACGCUGGGAAACAAACCGCAUGUUGACUAGCGGUGUGGUGCAGAGGCUGGAGGUGGAUGAGGACUUUGAGGAGGACAAUGCUGCCAAAGUCCACCUUCUGGUCCACAAUCUGGUGCCUCCUUUCCUGGAUGGCAGAAUUGUCUUCACCAAGCAGCCUGAACCGGUCAUACCAGUGAAAGACGCCACAUCUGACAUGGCCAUCAUCUCCCGCAAGGGCAGCCAGCUGGUCCGUAAGCACCGUGAGCAGAAGGAGCGGAAGAAGGCUCAGCACAAACACUGGGAGCUAGCAGGGACCAAGCUGGGUGACAUUAUGGGCAUCAAAAAGACAGAGGAGGAUGACGGCACUGCAGGCAGACCUGUUGGUGAGGAUGGCACUGUGGACUACAGAGCAGAGCAGAAGUUUGCCGACCACAUGAAGGAAAAGAGUGAGGCCAGCAGUGAGUUUGCCAAGAAGAAGACAUUGCUGGAACAGAGACAGUAUCUUCCCAUCUUCGCUGUCAGACAACAGCUGCUCAACAUCAUCAGGGACAACAGCAUUGUGAUUGUGGUGGGAGAGACGGGCAGUGGGAAGACCACACAGCUGACCCAGUAUCUCCAUGAGGAUGGCUACACGAGCUAUGGGAUGGUGGGCUGCACGCAGCCCCGCAGGGUGGCCGCCAUGAGUGUAGCCAAGCGAGUCAGCGAGGAGAUUGGCAGCAACCUGGGGGAGGAGGUGGGUUACGCGAUCCGCUUCGAGGACUGCACCUCGGAGAAAACUAUGAUCAAAUACAUGACGGACGGCAUUCUGCUCAGGGAGUCUCUGCGCGAGUCGGACCUGGACCACUAUAGUGCCGUAAUUAUGGACGAGGCACACGAGCGCUCGCUCAACACAGACGUGCUCUUUGGCCUACUUCGGGAGGUCGUUUCCCGGCGCUCCGACCUGAAGCUCAUUGUCACUUCCGCCACGAUGGACUCAGACAAGUUUGCAGCGUUCUUCGGCAAUGUUCCUAUAUUCCACAUUCCUGGAAGAACAUUCCCAGUGGACAUCUUGUUCAGCAAGACUCCUCAGGAGGACUACGUGGAGGCAGCUGUGAAACAGGCCCUGCAGAUCCACCUUAGUGGGAUGCAUGGUGAUAUCCUCAUCUUCAUGCCUGGCCAGGAGGACAUCGAGGUGACCUCUGACCAGAUAGUGGAGCGCCUGGAGGACUUGGAAAGUGCUCCACCACUGGCUGUGCUCCCAAUCUACUCCCAGCUGCCUUCAGACUUGCAGGCCAAGAUCUUCCAGAAGGCGCCCGAUGGCGUGCGGAAGUGCAUUGUGGCCACAAACAUUGCAGAAACAUCCCUCACUGUCGACGGCAUCAUGUUUGUCAUUGACUCUGGUUAUUGCAAGCUCAAGGUGUUCAACCCACGCAUUGGUAUGGAUGCCCUGCAGGUAUAUCCCAUCAGCCAGGCCAACGCUAACCAGCGCGCAGGCAGAGCCGGGAGGACGGGACCAGGCCAGUGCUACAGGCUGUACACCCAGAGUGCCUUUAAGAAUGAGAUGCUGACCACCACCAUCCCCGAGAUCCAGCGUACCAACCUAGCCAACGUGGUGCUGCUGCUCAAGUCCCUGGGCGUACAGGACCUCCUGCUCUUCCACUUCAUGGAUCCGCCCCCUGAGGACAACAUGCUCAACUCCAUGUACCAGCUGUGGAUCCUGGGAGCGCUGGACAACACCGGAGCGCUCACCCCCACUGGACGCCUCAUGGUAGAAUUCCCCCUGGACCCAGCACUGUCCAAGAUGCUCAUUGUAUCCUGCGAUAUGGGCUGCAGUUCUGACAUCCUCAUCAUUGUCUCCAUGCUCUCAGUUCCCGCCAUCUUCUACAGACCCAAGGGCCGCGAGGAGGAGAGCGACCAGGUGAGGGAGAAGUUUGCUGUUCCAGAGAGUGACCACCUGACAUACCUCAACGUCUACCUGCAGUGGAAGAACAACAACUACUCGAGCAUCUGGUGCAACGAGCACUUCAUUCACACCAAGGCGAUGCGCAAGGUGCGGGAAGUUCGGGCUCAGCUCAAAGACAUCAUGGUCCAGCAGAGGCUCAAUCUUGUCUCGUGUGGUUCUGAAUGGGAUGUUAUCAGGAAGUGCAUCUGUGCCGCCUACUUCCACCAGGCUGCCAAGCUCAAGGGCAUCGGGGAGUACGUGAACGUGCGAACGGGGAUGCCCUGCCACUUGCACCCAACUAGCUCCCUCUUCGGCAUGGGCUACACGCCAGAUUACAUCAUAUACCACGAGCUGGUCAUGACCACCAAGGAGUACAUGCAGUGUGUGACGGCUGUGGAAGGGGAGUGGCUGGCCGAACUGGGUCCCAUGUUCUACAGCAUCAAACACGCCGGGAAGUCUAGACAGGAGAACCGCCGCCGUGCCAGGGAGGAGAUCUCCAUCAUGGAGGAGGAGAUGUCGUUGGCGGAGCAGCAGCUGAGGGCCCGCAGGGAGGAGCAAGAGAGGAAGAGCAAUAUGGGAAGUGCCAGGUCCAUAAAAAUCUGCACCCCAGGCAGAAAGGAGGAGACCCCAAUGACGCCGAAACACACCCCAGCUCGAUUUGGCCUUUGAGUUCCGCAGGCUUCCGUUGGCUGGAGUGUAGUCGUAGCAACCCUGGACGUCUCCCUUUUCCCCUCCUGGGGGGGUAUUGAGAGGAACAAUCACAUUUUAAUUUGUCAUCUGUGUCUGUGAGCUGCAGUUCACAGGAUAAGCCAGCAGAGGGCGCACAUGUAUAAGGCAUAAGGGGGCAGCAUCUGCUCCUCCAGCUAAAUGAACACAUCCUGCUUUGGUAUGAAACAGUCAAAGGGAGAAUAUAAUUGUUUUGUUUUUAAAGUCACGAUUUAAUGUUUUACAUCCUUCGUCAUUAAAAAUGUCCUUGUUUUACCAAGUCAUUGACACGAAAGGCGCUUUCCUACCAUUUUUACAUCCCAGUGGUUUUGAUUUUCCCCCUCCUUACAGCUUCUUCCUGCAGGACUGUCUGCAGAGCCAUUGUCCUCUCCUCCUGCCAUCUCCCUUCCAUACUGCCAGUUAAUAUCUGAGCUUUGGUGCUGAGCUUUAGCAUUUGUUAAUAAUAAGAUUUACAUUUUCUGCAUUUUCAAUAUCUGGGCUCAUAUAUUUUAAAUAUCUUUCACUCAGGUACCUCCAAGUCUGUUUAACCAGCUGUGGUCCAAGAGUGAUAGCAGCACCAAACUGGGAGAAAGCUCCU